AUGAAACUUUCUUCUCAAGCUGGAUCAGAUCAGGAUACAGUAAUUAUAUUUGACAACAACAACGUUCACAAGUACAAUCUCCUUCAUUCAUCAGCACCAAUUUAUAAUGUCCCACUUUGGAUGCCUGCAAAAAGUGCAAUGGUUCAAGUUUAUGGAGAUUCAGGAAUCAGCAAAUUAUAUCUCAGCUAUAAUUACAUUUCUCUUGCUGGCUACAAACAAUCAUUGGUGAAAAACACCGGAGAAUAUUUCCCGUUAAAUACAAUCACUGCAAAUAAUUAUGUCACUAUCACAACUUCCUCUCCCAAUGAGCAGGUCGUUGCAACACCCGCAUCAAGUGUUGGAAUGUCAGAUCCCGGCCUUCUCUAUUAUCUGGUUUAUGAUGGGGACAAUAUCAACACUGCUUCAUUCUUGGGAACACUCUCAGAUUUGGAACAAAGAAUUACCAUUGCUAGCGGGAAAAGUGUAUCAAUAGUGAACCUUUCUGGAGUGAAUUCAGAUUCCUAUGUUCUUGGAAACGAUGCAUCAAGUCUGAAUGGGUUCAGCAGAUACUCAGUGCUCACGAUUCCCCCUGGAAACGGUAUCCGUGGAAAUCUAUCCGACCUAACUGAUAGUCCCCGUGGCUCCGCAUACACGUUCAUCUGUCUUAACUGCACUACGUUCCACUGGACAAGCCUUGUUUUUGAUAGUAUGUCAACGAUUGCUAAUAAGGGAUCUGUGACUUUUCAAGGACAGACACCAACUCAAAAACGAGAUCAGUUGAUUAAAUACGACCCAAUGACGUUGACAAACUCAUAUUUUCCUCAAAUGAUACCUUCUGAUUGCUUCACAAUGAUAAUGUAUUUGUCGAAGUUCUCUGUGACAUUGAACACAGUCCAAGAUUAUGCUCCAUGGAAACAACCAUUCGAUGGACGUAAGGGAUACAUCUUCUCUCCAAGUCUCUGGAGUUCUGCGGCCAACAAUUUCAAUUAUGAGUUCCGUAAUGAUACACAACAGUAUUUUUACACACUGAAUAUGAAUAAGAUGAGCUUACCCAAUAAUGAAGAUCAAAUGACGCUGAAAAUUGGAUCAGGAACUGGAAAUCCAACUGUGAAUAAUCAGUAUCCUCGUGAUCAAUCUUCUAAUCAACAAGUAGUAGCUCAGGGAAAUUAUAUGCAAGUUGGAUUGCCUGCCUCUGCUGCAGCUGAUGUUCGACUGUCUUUUGCGAUGGAUUUGAAUCAAACAACUGCGGCACCAUCCACUACAUCUACUACACCUACUACGGCAUCAACAACAGUGCAAACCACAACUUCAGGUGGUUUUCCAAUCAGUUACAACAUUCUACUACUCGGUUUCACAUUGAUUAUUGUAGCUUGA